GCCUCGCGCGCGAUGGGACGCUCGCUCGCGGCCCGCUCCACACAACCACGCGAUCGUACCAAACACAGGUGAACUAUUCAAUGUGACACCACAAUGACUCUUUUUAUACAUUUAUACUGUGUCAUAUGGAUAGCGUUUCUAACGGCCUGCUACUCCACCACAGGUCAAGAGUUACCUACCGGGCAAAAUGUAGUGUCUGUAGCCCCAAUAGAGGUACCAGACGAAUCCAUGUACCCAAGAUUCGCUGAACCAAUACCUAAUGUCACCGUCACAAUCGGUCGUGAUGCGCUGUUAGCCUGUGUCGUAGACAAUUUAAGGGGAUUCAAGGUGGCAUGGGUUCGUAUGGACACGCAGACGAUCCUGAGCAUCCACCACAACAUAAUAACCCAGAAUCCGCGCAUCAGCCUGUCGUACAACGACCACCGCUCCUGGUACCUCCACAUCAAGAACGUGCAGGAGGUGGACCGCGGCUGGUACAUGUGCCAGGUCAACACUGACCCCAUGCGCUCCAGGAAGGGGUACCUGCAGGUCGUAGUGCCACCAUCAAUCAUCGACAAUAUGACGUCGACCGACAUGGUAGUGCGGGAGGGCACUGAUGUAACCUUGGUGUGCCGAGCUUCAGGAUACCCUGAGCCUUACGUCAUGUGGCGAAGAGAAGACGGCCAGGACUUUAAUUAUAAUGGCGAAUCAGUUAGUGUAGUCGACGGAGAGACACUGACAAUAACAAAGGUGUCUCGCUUGCACAUGGGUGCUUAUCUUUGUAUAGCGUCCAACGGCGUACCACCUUCUAUAAGCAAGCGAAUCAGUCUUAUGGUACAAUUUCCCCCGAUGCUGUCCAUCCCCAACCAGCUGGAGGGCGCGUACAUUGGACAGGACGUGACACUGGAGUGCCACACGGAGGCGUACCCCUCAUCCAUCAACUACUGGACCACCGACCGCGGGGAUAUGAUCAUCUCUGAAAUGGAAAUUGUAGGUGGGAAGUACGAGGCGUACCCGAUGGAUAGCGGCUACAACAAGUUCAUGAUGCUCAAAAUACGAAACAUCACAAAGGAAGACUUCGGCCAUUAUAAAUGUGUCGCCAAGAACUCGCUCGGUGAGACUGAUGGCAUCAUAAAACUUGAUGAAAUACCAGCGCCGCCUUCGGCAUUUACUACGACACAAAAGACUAUUUUGGAUAACCAAACAAUCAGGAAAAAAGGGCAACUUCAAAUCAUUCAGUCGAACGAAGCGAUCAGCUCGAAUUUUCAAGGAGAGGCUUACGGUGAACAGAUCAGAGAUUUUGUUUCAGAUUUUGACGACGAGAUAAAUACAGCACAGUCCAAUAAAAUAAACGCGCUUUUUGUUAUUUUAGUUGUUUUUCAUACGGGUAACGUUAUUAAAGGUAUAUUUUCUUGAUGGUGAAAAUUAUACAAUAAGGUAGCACUUAUUUUAUUGUUAAAUCGUUUUUUUAAUUCUUUAUUGAGUUACCAGAGUCUACGCUGAACUGACAAUAAUCCUUCGUUCGCGUGAUCGUACUUUGUUUUCAUGUGUAAAUAGCAGUAUUGCGAUAUUCAAUAGAAAGAAUAUAGUAUUUAUGUUUUUUUUAUAAAAAAAAUCUUUCUACCAAAAUAAUGUAGAAGUGCCGGUAGUAUUUCUCUCAUUGUAAACAGUAUAGAAUAAAAUGAUACGUUCUAGAUUAACUCUAAUUUUGUACGAUGUCGAUUUUCUAAAAUGCCUAAAAUGAUAAAAUAGAUACAAAUACUUUCUGGUAAUGGCAAUAGACUGCCAAACUAAAUACUUAAUUUAUUUUUUAAUUCAACAUACAGUUAGAAUGACGUAUAAUCAAUGCAAUCAUUGAUGUAUUGUACCUAAUAAUAUCAUAUCGUCGUUGUCAAUUAAAACCUCUUACUCGUAUAUGUCGCCCUCACAAAAAAAUAAUAUAAAAGUUUUUUGUAUGUGUAUUUUGCUUCUAAAACAUUCAAUACAAAAUCUUAUGUACUUACGUAAAUAUCAAUUAUCUUUUAAUAUGUUUAACACAUAGUCAUACAAAAAAAAAUCAUGCGGAAGUUAUUUUUUAAUUUCUGUAAAAUUGACCCGAUUGCACAUAAUUGAUUUUAAAUUGACAACGAUAAUAAUAUAAACGUCAAACUAUACUGUGGAAUUUAAUAAUACGACUAUGCUUUUGAUAAUUGUUUUGUCAAGAAAUUGAUGUAACUACUUAAUGAUGUGUACGUCUAUGUUAUGCCUUUAUAGAUCUACUUAUAUUUCAGUAAUUUAUUCGACCUUUUCUUUCCCUUUGACAUUUAUUGUUUCUCUUGCAAAAUUUCCUUCAUUAUAUUGGUAUAGUUUCGUGUAAAUGUUAGAUACCUAUUACUAGUGAUCUGUUUACAAAUCUACAGACUUUAUAGAAAAAUAGAAGAAUUUUGUAAUUAACCGCUAACUAAAACUGCCAAAUGAAUGUGUACAUUAAAAUAAAACAAUGCUUAAAAUAUUUUA